GUCGAAACUGUGAACUGGUGGAUCACUGUGCAAUAUCACCGAAGUGUUUUAAUGGUGGAACGUGUGAAUUGGAUGGUCUCGGCGAUUAUCGGUGUCUGUGCCCGCCGGGAUUUACUGGUCCAAGCUGUAAAGAUGACAUUGAUGAAUGUGCUUUGUACAGUCCGUGUCAGCAUGGAUCCAAAUGCUUUAAUGCAGAGGGAUCCUAUAGGUGCGUAUUGCGGGGUGUUUCGCCGGUAGCC